ACGACUUUUACUCUUCACAUCUCUACCACCACAAAUCAUGAAGACAUCUCUGGUCCUCCUUGCCCUCAGUCUGCUGGCUUGUUCAGUUUGGAAAAUCCAUGGGCAUCGCCAAGAGGUUGACCCUGAUGACCAGGAAGUAGUGGAAGCAAAGCCGAAAAAGUGCAUGGAGCAACAGCUAAAGGGGACCUGCUGGGUGUGUAAGUGGGCACUGAACAAAGUGAAGAAAUCCAUCUCCGCUUCCUCUAGCCAGGAGGAGCUAAAGCAGAAGCUGUUGUCUGUUUGCGAUAAUGUUGGCUUCCUAAAAUCUAUGUGUAAAGGCCUGGUGAAAAGACACUUGUGGGUGCUGAUUGAGGAGCUUAGCACAAGCGAUGAUGUGAGGACCAUCUGUGUUAACAUUAAGGCCUGCAAACCAAAGGAAGUUUUGGACCUGACCUACUGACCAAGCAGCCAGUAUCCAGAUUCCAAAGUGAGAAGAUGGAUGUUCAGGUGUCAAGACAAUGCUAUGCUACCAGCCUCUUGCUCUUUCUUUUUCAAACUAGUCACAACACAAGCAUAUAAAUGGAUGAUGAAGUUAUUGGAAUGAUUAUGUUCUGAAAUAAUGUUUUGGGAACAUGUGUUAUAAUUAAGCAAUAAGUCCAGAGGGAGUGUGGUAUUUGGCCAAUCUACCGUGGAUAAGGACUGUUCUUAUUCACCAAGCAGCCAGAGUACCUGGAUACAGCCCUUAGCUGUGGUGUAACGGCCCUAUACCACAAACCCCCGA